CCGAAACAUCGGUUGACUUUCAAUGGACUACACGGACAACGGGGGUGAUGGGAGUGAGUUACGCUCCUUGACGGGCCCGUGUUAUUACUGUUGUGGCAAUGGCGUUUUCUACUGCCCCACAUUCACUGCAAGGCGCCUGUCUUCACUUCUGUUUGCAGAGUGCUCCAAGCGACAACAAUACCACAAGAUGCUGCUCCUCGCCCUGAUUUUCGCACCAGCGAUACUGUCGGCGCUAACACGUGCGGGGCACUUCCUCAAUGCGGACGGAACACCGCAUAACCCGUACCACGAGCUGCACCUGCCGCACGAACCCCCUCUGUACCCAACCCUGGACAAGGUGCCACACACUGCCUUCAGCUGCGAGGGCAGGGACUGGGGCCUGCAUGCAGAUACGGAGGCUUACUGUCAGGCUUUUCAUCUUUGCCAAGACCAUUUGGUGCGCAGUUUCCUGUGUCCGAAUGGAACGCUGUUCCACCAGCAAUUUAAAGUUUGUGACCAGUUCUACAACGUUCGGUGUGGCGUUCCCCUGGAGGACCAGUAGCAGACGUCACAACACUGUUGCUGUUUAAGAGAGAUUAUGUGUUAAAUUAGAUAGAAUGUAUUUAUUAUUCGCCUUUACAGAUAGUAAUUAUUCUUUUUAAAUUAAAGUAACUAAAAUAUA